AUGGGAGGCCAACGCCCGCACGUCGAGAUAGCAGCUGUCAUUCCUGACGGACAAGGAAAGAUUGUCAUCGGGAAGAGAAAGGGCAAGACUGGCACAGGGCUCUAUGAGUUGCCAGGUGGCAACUUGGAAUUUGGAGAGGACAUCUUUGCCAGCAUCAAGAGAGAGGUUCUUGAAGAGACGGGCCUCAAGAUCGUCCCCAAGAAGAUUAUCGCCUACACCAACGACAUCCAAAAGGAAGAGCAGAAGCACGAAGUGACACUUUACGUCCUCUCGGAACGGGAGGAUUCGUCUCAGCAGCCUGAGACGAAGGAGGCCCAUAAGAUUGAGGGCUGGGAGUGGAAGGCUUGGAAAGAUAUCGCCGCUUUGGGUGAAGCCGAGCUGUAUCUGCCUACUUUGAAUCUUGUUCGUAGCGAGCCAGCCCUGGACUCUAAGUUUUGA